AUGGGCCCCUGUACCGCCUCCUCAUGCUGCUGCCAGGCCCGUAAUCUGCCAUGGGCCCCCGUACCGACUCCUCAUGCUGCUGCCAGGCCCGUAAUCUGUCAUGGGCCCCUGUACCGACUCCUCAUGCUGCUGCCAGGUCCAGAGUGUGUCAUGGGUCCCUGUACGGCCUCCCAUUGCUGCUGUCUCCAUCGCCACACUCUGCCAUGUGCCACUUUCAGGUCUCCUCACACUGCUGGUGGGUUCCAUUUUGUCAUAGGGUGCUGUAUGGCCUCCCAUUGCUGCUGCCUCCACCGCCACACUGUGGCUCCACACUCUGGUUUUGGCCCCGUGACUGCCCAAAUGAGUGAAGUGUGCGGUGAUUCUAAGAUCGACGGCACUCAUCUGCAUGUCAUACUGACUGACAGUAUUAUUUCUCUUCCCCAGCAGACUCCAAGGGCAUUUAAAUUAAAGGUACAGUGUUCUGCACUAAUAUAA